AUAAGUUGUUGGGUGGUUAGACUUAGAAGUUGUCACUGUUACUUAAAUUCGAUCUUCUGGAGGAGCCAGGAUGUUUCCAGUCCAGCCUCCUGGUCCUCCUGGAGCCCCACCUCCAAGAGGACCUCCUGGCCCUCCAGGAGCCAUGGUGCCUCCUCCAGGCCCACCAGGACCUCCUGGUGCACCACCCACUCCUGGUCCGUCCAUUGCUGUGGUUCCUCAAACACCCCCAGGCCAAGCACAUGACCUCCCAACAUUUAUAUGCCCUCGUCGCCCUAAUGUUGGCACAGAUGGAAGGCCCAUUAUGCUCCGAGCUAACCAUUUUGAGAUUUCAAUGCCAAGAGGCUAUCUUCAUCAUUAUGAUGUUACCAUUACUCCUGAUAAGUGUCCUCGUCGAGUCAACAGAGAAAUAGUUGAAACCAUGGUUCAAGCAUACUCAAAGAUUUUUGGAAGUCAGAAACCUGUAUUUGAUGGGAGGAAAAACAUGUACACAAGAGACGACCUUCCAAUUGGAAAGGACAAGGUGGACUUGGAAGUUACUCUGCCUGGUGAAGGAAAAGACCGAGUUUUUAGGGUUUCCAUAAAAUGGAUGGCUCAAGUUAGUCUCUAUGCAUUAGAAGAAGCAUUGCAAGGUCGUUCGAGGACCAUUCCUGUGGAUGCCAUACAAGCUCUUGAUGUUGUCAUGAGACAUUUACCUAGCAUGACCUACACCCCAGUAGGACGUUCAUUUUUCUCCUCCCCUGAUGGCUACUACCACCCUUUGGGAGGUGGAAGAGAGGUGUGGUUUGGAUUUCACCAAAGUGUACGGCCAAGUCAAUGGAAGAUGAUGCUAAACAUUGAUGUGUCAGCAACUGCUUUUUACAAAGCUCAACCGGUAAUUGAGUUCAUGUGUGAGGUUUUAGACAUUAGAGACAUCAGUGAGCAGAGGAAGCCAUUAACUGACUCUCAGAGAGUAAAGUUUACCAAAGAGAUAAAAGGUUUAAAAAUUGAAAUCACUCACUGUGGGACGAUGAGACGAAAAUACAGAGUUUGUAAUGUAACCAGACGCCCAGCACAAUUGCAAUCGUUUCCUCUGCAGCUAGAGAAUGGACAGACUGUAGAGUGUACUGUGGCAAAGUACUUUCUUGACAAGUACAAAAUGAAAUUAAGGUAUCCUCACUUACCAUGUUUGCAAGUAGGCCAAGAACAUAAGCAUACAUAUCUACCUCUUGAGGUGUGUAAUAUAGUUGCAGGACAACGUUGUAUUAAGAAGUUGACUGAUAUGCAGACUUCCACCAUGAUCAAGGCAACUGCAAGAUCUGCUCCUGAUCGAGAAAGAGAGAUAAACAACUUGGUGUCGGCUAAUACGACUCAGGUUCCUGAGCCUCCAAUGCUGGUGCGUAAAGCUGACUUCAACAAUGACCCAUAUGUACGAGAAUUUGGUUUGUCUAUUAGCAGCACCAUGAUGGAGGUUCGGGGUCGUAUUUUACCCCCACCAAAGCUUCAGUAUGGAGGACGGACCAGGCAGCAAGCUAUCCCCAACCAAGGUGUGUGGGACAUGAGAGGAAAACAGUUCCACACUGGUAUAGAGAUAAGAGUCUGGGCUAUUGCUUGCUUUGCCCCUCAGCGAACAUGCAGAGAAGAUGCGUUAAGGAAUUUCACACAGCAGUUGCAGAAAAUUAGUAAUGAUGCAGGAAUGCCAAUCAUUGGACAGCCAUGUUUCUGUAAGUAUGCUACUGGGCCUGACCAAGUGGAACCUAUGUUUCGUUAUCUGAAGUCCACAUUCCAAGGUUUACAGCUAGUUGUGGUCGUACUGCCGGGGAAAACUCCCGUUUAUGCGGAAGUUAAGAGGGUGGGAGACACAGUGCUUGGUAUGGCCACACAAUGUGUCCAGGCAAAAAAUGUCAACAAAACUUCACCUCAGACUCUGUCUAAUCUUUGCCUGAAGAUAAAUGUUAAACUUGGGGGUAUAAAUAGCAUCUUGGUGCCAAGUAUUCGGCCUAAAGUGUUCAAUGAACCUGUGAUAUUUCUGGGAGCUGAUGUAACUCACCCCCCUGCUGGUGAUAACAAGAAACCUUCAAUAGCUGCUGUGGUGGGGAGUAUGGAUGCUCAUCCAAGUCGUUAUGCUGCGACUGUUCGUGUUCAGCAGCACAGGCAAGAACACAUCCAGGAUCUGUCGACAAUGGUGAAGGAACUUCUAAUUCAGUUUUACAAAUCUACUCGAUUUAAACCUAACCGCAUCAUCAUGUACAGAGAUGGUGUCUCAGAGGGUCAGUUUAGUCAGGUUCUGGCACAUGAGCUUUUGGCUAUGAGAGAGUCUUGCAUGAAACUGGAGCCAGACUACAAACCAGGCAUUACAUUCAUUGUUGUCCAGAAGCGCCACCACACCAGGUUAUUCUGUAGCGACAAGAAAGAACAGAUCGGAAAGAGUGGGAAUAUUCCUGCUGGAACGACAGUUGAUGUUGGAAUCACGCAUCCGACAGAGUUCGACUUUUAUCUUUGUAGCCAUGCAGGAAUUCAGGGUACCAGUCGACCCUCUCACUACCAUGUUUUGUGGGAUGACAACCAGUUUUCUGCAGACGAACUCCAGUGUUUAACUUACCAGCUCUGUCACACAUAUGUUAGGUGUACUCGUUCUGUGUCCAUCCCUGCACCAGCCUAUUAUGCUCACUUGGUGGCCUUUCGUGCUCGAUACCAUUUAGUGGAGAAAGAACACGAUAGUGGUGAUGGCAGCUACCAGUCUGCAAACGGAGAAGAUCGAACUCCAACAGCAAUGGCUCGUGCAGUAACAGUUCAUACAGAUAUCAACAAAGUCAUGUACUUUGCCUGACAAGGGUAAAAUGUAGGGCUUGAUUAAGACUGUAGUUUUUGGUGACUUGACAUCUUUUUUCAACUCCCGUACCUGAUCAACUUUCGACUCUUGGCAGGUAACCUCUAACAAAGGACCGUGUGUUCCCAGUUUUUACCAAGAAAUGUUCAAUGUUAUAUGUGUGAUGAUGUCAAGUAUUGGUAGCUUUGCACAAGAAAAUGAUCAAUUGAAUCACCGAUACAAUUAGGACCCAUUUUCCCAAUUUUUUUUAUUAUCACUAUUAUUUUUUAAACUGUUAUUUAUCUGUCAGAAAUGGAAAAUACCAAAUAGACUUUGUUUUAAAAGCAAGCUGUGUUUCUAGAGCUGCUUUGUGAGUUGUAAAAGUAGUUAGUAUUUAAAAUGUCUGUGUUAACCGGUGGUUUCUUAUAAGUUAUUGUUAAUUUCACAUCAGUUUAAUCAAAGUGGUCGUUUCUACUCUUUGUAAGGCUUAUAGAAGGCUGGCAGAGCAGAGAGAAAUUCAUCAGAUAUCCUGGUUUAUAUAUCUACAUAUCCAUAUGUAUUUUAUUUUUAAACUAAUUACAAUCUUAGUCCUUUUGUUGUAGUGAUUUAUUUAUGGACUUCUCAACCAGGAUGUCUAUCUGUGUCAGCUGAUGGUGGACAAAAUCCAGUACUUCAGAUAUCAGUUUGGAAAAUUAUAAUGAAUGAUGACCAUAUUUAAUGAUUUCAUAUGUUCUACAGUGUGUUGAUUUUAAAUUUUUUAUAACUUGUAUUUUAAGAAAAGCAAAGAAUGUACUUGUGAUACGAAUUCCAAAUCAAGAGCCACUUUAAACUUUUCCUAAUGCUUGUGUUGAGAUUUUCACUAUAUCUAUCCGAUAUUCAUUCAGAAACCAUGCAACCACCAUUCAAGGAUGCAAAUUGUAAACUAAUAUUCAACAGAACUCUGGAUUAGCAGCUUCAAGAACCAUGAUUCGUUUGUUUCCAACAAUGAACUAAAUUUGUACAUAGUAUUCCUGUACAUAGUGGGCUGUUUUUAUUCCUUAAUUGUUAGUACAAAUUGGUUGCAUAAUAAGUUUUAAUUAGGCCUUUUUUUUUUGCUUUGACUGAAUAUUUAGUGUCUGCGUGGUGUGUUUAAAUAUUAAAAAAUCUGCUGUGUAAGAAAUUAUUGUUGAGUUAGAAAUGAAAGUUUUCAGAACCAAACUGCAAAACUUAAAAAUGACUGUGCCCAUUACGUGAUCUAAAUUAUCACAAAUAUGCUUAAACAAAUACAAAAUUACUUGUUGAGCUGCUGAAUUUUUUCAGGUGUUUUUUCAGACAGCAAGAAAGAUAUAUUUAAUACUUAAAACAAAAACAAAUCAACUAAUCAUGAAUAUUUUUUUCUCAUUACAUUUGUAAAGAGAACUUCCAAACUGAAAGCUCCACCAGGUAAUAUAUAUUUAUAUUACAUAUUCAAUGGCUCAACACACAAUGAGAUUUUUAUAUUUUGUGGUUGUAAUUUUUUUCAGCUUUCCUUCAAGGCAGGUAAUUUUAAUCACCUCGUUCUUAAUUGUUCUCAGUUGCAAAUGAGGUAAUUUAAAAUUAUUGUUGGUCUCACCAUUAUGUUCCAUCACACCUGAAAAAUAUCAUAGUUUGUCAGCUCUUGUGUUGCAAGUUUUCAUAUCAAUAUUUUUUAUACUCUCUGUGUUUUUUCUCAUCAAUUUUGCAAUAAAAAAAAGUGCUAGUUACCCCUGAAAAAUGAAAAACUAUUUUAAACUUAAAUUAAAAAAAAAAGAAAAUUUUUAGCAAAGGUUUAAUUUAACAACUGGGUGUAGUAGUUUUAUGUUGAAUUUUUUUUUUGUAACCAGGGUUUAAAUCUUCAGUAUUUGUCAGAUAUUUAAUGCUGUAUUAUUUGUAAGAUCUAAAGUGCAUGGGAUUCCUGUCAGUGUGGGUGUAAUAUCAAUUUCUAAAACGUACAUUGAUGGUUAUUAUACUGAAGUUAAACAAGUUUAUUUCAAAAAAUUUUUCUUCUUAACUUUCUAUGAAGAAAAUACUCUGUAGAUCAUUUCUUGACCUCUAAGUUCAUUUAUGAAAAAUUAAGUGAACCUGGCAGUAUUUUAACCACGAAUAAGCCGAAUGAAUAUUUAUUUUGAUAAACAGUUUAGUUAUUCAGUCUUUUAGAAAUACAUUAAUAAAGUUUUAAUAUAAUUCUUUAUAGAGCACAAAAGAUUUACUAGGCAUUAUGAAUGAUAUAGAUAUUUUUUGUUUUGUUAAAAAUUUGAAUUAUAAUUAUAUCACAGUUAAUAAAAUCCUCUGUUAGCCUAAUGAUGAAUUACAGAAAGUAAAUAUGACAUAAAAAUUAAGUAGUAACUUCUGUUUCAUUUUUCACCUAAUUCAGAUAUUUGUAUAGUUGUUCUUAGUUUAUUAUGUUGCUGGUAUUGAGGACAAAUGUUCUUAGAUUGGGAAAGGCUGGAACACCAUUUUUGUCCGACUAAACUUUCUGUGGUAAGACUGGGAUAAUGGAGUUCGUUAGGAAAUAUAUUUUUUAGUUGCACCAGCUUGAUGUUAUUUUUUAAAGACUUGUUCUUUCAAAAGGUUAAUUGCAGUUGUGUAAAAUUCUUGUCCACAUUAUUUGUUUGUCGAGUUAAGCAGUUCUUUCAACUCAAAUUUGGUAAGUUAUACAAUUUAAAGAUAUUAUGUUGUAGUGGCUUUUAAUGUUUUUGAAUUUAAACUUUUUGUAUUCCAUGGCAAAUCCAUUUUCAUACUAUAGUGCUUUAUAUUCGAGGGGAAGACUAUAAACUUUUGGACGUAAAACAAACAAAAAUGUUAAUGCUCUCUUUAAAUUGUAAAUCAUUUUAGUAUUAAUUAGCAUGUAGAUGCAGAUGUGAUGAGAUUUUAUUUUAAUUUGCACAUAAACUGCUAAUUUGAUAAUUAUAUGACUGCUUUUUGACAUUGAGCUAGUUCAUAAAUCUUUAUUUUAAUUUGCACAUAAACUGCUAAUUUGAUAAUUAUAUGACUGCUUUUUGACAUUGAGAUAGUUUACAAGUCUAUUUUAAUUUGCACAUAAACUGCUAAUUUGAUAAUUAUAUGACUGCUUUUUGACAUUGAGCUAGUUCAUAAGUCUUUAUUUUAAUUUGCAGCGCAGAUAGCCUUAGUGUAGCUUUGCACGAAAUUCAAAUUCAAAACAAACAAUUUUAAUUUGCACAUAAACUGCUAAUUUGAUAAUUAUGACUGUUUUUUGACAUUGAGCUAGUUCAUAAGUCUAUUUUAAUUUGCACAUAAACUGCUAAUUUGAUAAUUAUAUGACUGCUUUUUGACAUUGAGCUAGUUCAUAAGUCUUUAUUUUAAUUUGCACAUAAACUGCUAAUUUGAUAAUUAUAUGACUUUUUUGACAUUGAGCUAGUUUACAAGUCUAUUUUAAUUUGCACAUAAACUGCUAAUUUGAUAAUUAUACGACUGCUUUUUUGACAUUGAGGUAGUUUAUAAGUCUAUUUUAAUUUGCACAUGAACUGCUAAUUUGAUAAUUAUACGACUGCUUUUUGACAUUGAGCUAGUUUAUUUCUAUUUUAAUUUGCACGUGAACUGCUAAUUUGAUAAUUAUACAACUGAUUUUUGACAUUGAGCUAGUUUAUGUCUAUUUUAAUUUGCACAUGAACUGCUAAUUUGAUAAUUAUACAACUGCUUUUUGACAUUGAGCUAGUUUAUAAGUAUUUUAAUUUGCACAUAAACUGCUAAUUUGAUAAUUAUACGACUGCUUUUUGACAUUGAGCUAGUUUAUAAGUCAGUCAGAUAAAUGAACUAUUCUUGUGUAAGCAUUUUGUUUUAUUAAUUAUCAGGAUGUGAGUUGAAGCUUUAUUAAUAGUAGAAGAUGCUUAAUGUGCUGUAAAGAUGUGAAGUUGUGUAGAUGUGGUAAAAGAUAAAGGCCAUCCUCCCACGUUUUGAGAUGAAGCUGCUGUUGCCCGGUCAGGUAUAAUUUCACCUCUUGCACACUAAUUAUAUUAGUGUACACCAGUCUAUUGUUACGUGGUACGUAUUUAUUUUAUUGCUGUCAUGGUUAUUUACUUAAUUCUAAAAAUUCCCAUUUGGGGAUUUUCUUAAAUUAAAACGUAUAGUGUACCUCAUCCUGAACUGUGUUUGGGUUUAGGUUUCAUUUUCAUGGAAAUGUACGUACAGUAUGUGUAAAGAGAUCUAAUCCCUGAUCAUGUUAAGCUGUUAAUUCCGUAUACUACUACAUGGUAACACAUUGGCCAUUAACACCAACAUUCCUUUCCUGCGAAUACACUCCACUCAAAUUUGAAUUUAUUUACAUUCAUUUUUGCUAUAUUUAUGCAAACUGCUUUGCUCUUGACUUUAUUUAUUUUUUUUUAUAUACCUUUGUCAGUCUGUUGUGUCAUUUACUUAUGUCUGGUAAUCAUCUGUCAUUUCAACUGUUUCGAUGUAUUUGUUUUAGGUUAUCGUUAUUUGGAGCGUUCAUUUUAAACACCUUUCUCACAUUGUCUUGCUACAAUGCUUUCUGUUGGUGAAGAAAGUAAGGUUUGAAGUGGUAAUUAGUUGAAAAAGUUCAUUAGAUAAAUUCUAGUAUAGUAGAGAAUGCCAAGUUUGACCCGAUGUUAAGUUUAGUGAUUAACAGGUUUACUAGUUGUAUUUUACAUAAUAAAAUUCCAUGAAAAUAAUUUUUUUUUUUAUACAUAUGGUUGUAGAAGUAUGCGUUUAGUAUCCACAAGCUCAAAGUAGUUUUAAUAGAGAAAUGAUUUAAAUAUAGCAUUAAAUAUUAUUUAGUAUGAUGGUAAAGCUUGCUUGGUGUUUUACGUUUUCAGGACAUAAAAAUAUGCUAUUCAGAAGUUAUUUGUCUGUAAGAAUAAUAUUAGAAACACUAUUCACUCGAGUAGAGCUUGUUCCUGAAGAUGUUGAACAAUUAAAAAAAAAUCAAUUAAAGUAUAAGUUUUUGUAUAUUAAACAUGUUGGUAAUAUCAGAAAAAUGUGUCUACGUAUACCCUUGACAGAAAAUGAAAUUGUGUAUCAUGUUGGUAAUAUCAGAAAAAUGUGUCUACGUAUACCCUUGACAGAAAAUGAAAUUGUGUAUCAUUUCUUACAAAUUGUUUGUUGUUUUUUUCGUUUGUACUGAACCAUAGAUGUGAGUGAGAAACAAAAUAACAGUUGGAAGUGGUUCGAUAACUAAUUAGCUCAGACCUGAUUUGAAUUGCAUUUUAUACCUUAGUAGAAUGUUAUUUCCAAGCUUUGGGUAUGAAGGUGUGAGUGUCGCAAUGUAUUUGUGAAUGAACGAUUGUGCAUUGUUAAACAGAGCUUUAACAUACAAUUAGCAAGGUGACUUUCAGUUUAAGAUUAUAUUCACAAUGAACUUAACAUUAACAAUGAAUUAAGCAGUCCCAGUUUAAGUAUAUUGGUAAGCCUACCAAAUGUUUAGGUAAUAACAGAAUACAAAAAAAAGUUUAUAAGAAACUUAUUCAAAUUUCUAUUGUUCUGAAACCAAAUACUUGAUUUUCUUAGUUAUUUUUUGCUGCCUUAAAUUUACAAAAUGUAGUGAUCAAGGCUGUUGGCUGCUUUUCUUUUUUGUUAGUAAUUAUGACAGGUACCAUACAGUGAAAUGUAUGUCCUUAUGCAAUCAAGAAGCUUUGUGCCCAAUUUCUCUGUAUACAAUCAAGAAGCUUCAUGCCCAAUUUCAAACCAUUUCCUUGUCAUGUAACAUCCACAAGAAAUAGACUAAACAAGCUUAUUUGUUCAGUGUGUACAUCAUUAGGAUAUGUUAGUUUUAUGGAAUGCUUAAGUUUAUUUUGUGAUGGUCUGGCUUGGUGUGAUGCGAGACUGUGGAAACAUAUUCGUAUUUAGAUAAUAAAUACUUAGUUUCGGUCUGUUUUAUUGUCUUCAGUUUACAAAAUAGGGUGGUGAAGGCAUUAUCAGCUCUUUCAUUACAAAUACCAUAUGGGGAAAUGUCCCUCCUUAUGCAAUCAAGAAGCUUUGUGCCCAUUUUCAAACAGUUUCCAUGUCAUUUAAUGUCAACAACAAAUAGUCUAAACAAGCUUGUAUGCUCAGCAUGUAUGUCAUUAGAAUACGUUAGUUCUGUGGAAUGUUUAAAUUGAUUUUGUGAUGGCUUGGUGUGGUGUAGGACUGUGGAAAUGUACUUGUAUUUAGAUAGCACGAAAUAGCAAAAACUUAGCAAUAACUUCAGCAGAUAAGUGUGAUUUUAACGACUGAUUCGGCAAGCUAAAUGUGUUCAUUUUCCUGUCUGGAUUCACGUUUAUUAUGAUUAGUAACCCCCAAAGCAUGUAGAAACAAUGACCAGAUCUCAAGUUACAAGAUCUUUGUUACACAAAAUACUGUCGAUAAAAGGUCAUCGGAAAAUGUGAAUUUAUUCUGCCACUGUUUCCUACUUAGCUUAUGUUAAGUUACAGUUUUAUCUUGUUUAGUGUUUCUUUGAUCAGCAGUUCACUUUUAUAAGAACUUAUUUGAUCACUUGUGCUAGUUUUAGCUUUUGUAAACAAAGGAAGUUAAAAAACAAUGUUCCUGUGUAACUUUCUUUACGUGUCACUAUGUUUGCAAAAUGAUCGCGAUAACUUGUCAUUUUGUUUUGAAAAUGAUCCCAAAAAUUUGUCACUAUGUUUGUAAAAUGAUCCCAAAAAUUUGUGUCGCUAUGUUUGCAAAAUGAUCCCAAAAACUUACAUUAUUCUUCUUUUUUUUUUGAAAAAUAUUCACUUCCAACAGGUUAAAGAACUAUUUUGCACCUAAAAAUGCAAAUGUUAUGUCACAAAAAAUAUAAAGUUUGUUAACAUAUAGUAUAUAUAAAAUACAGAAACUAUACUGUAGAAAGUUUUGAGUCAGGCAUUCAUAUUUUACAUAGUUUUUCUCAUAUGGUUUGUUUAAUAAUAUUCUAAUGGAAACCAUUUUUAAUUUGAUGGAUAGUUAAAGUGAUUAUUUGCUAAUAUAUGUCUCACAUUUGUAUUUUUCCUUUAAGUCAUUCAAAUCCAAUGUAUUUAGUAAUGAGGAAUUCUUAAUACUUUAGUGUGCAUUGGUUAUUUUGUUUUUGACACGUAAUUGUAGUCAUUUGUUUAAAUUUUCAUUCCACUUUAUAUAUUUCUAAAUUCGUUGCCAAAAAAAAAAACCUUUGGAGUUUCAGGGAGAUCAUAAGCUUUUGGUGUAAUAGUUAUAAUUGUGUGUGUGUGUAUGAGAGAGAGUUAGUGUUAGCUUACCAAUCAGUUUAUUAUAUUGAUACCCAGGACAUGGAAAUUAUCAAGGUGUGAUUAUGUACAUUCAUUGAUGCUUCCUGUAUAACAGUGAUGUUACUGAAUAUUGCAUUUAGUUGGUGUGUCUUUAUUUACAUAAAAUAGAAUUUUUACAGUAAUAAGAUGUGGAAAAAUGUAAACAGUUGUAGGCUUUUUGUUACUUAGUUCAACUUCAUUUAGAGAACUAAUUAAAAAUGCUUAUCUUAUGUAAGGUUUAAGCCUAACUUGUGUAAAGUUUAAGCCUAAUCUCUAUCAUAUAUACCAGUAAUGUAAUAGAAAUUAAUAAUUUCUCUUACUCUUUGCUUUAUUGACUUUUGAUCUUUAUAUUUAUCUACAGACAAGUGUUCUUUAAUGCUCUAGAAUGCUUGCUUAUUUUGUCCUUUUUUCUUUUCUUUGUGAGGGUGGGAAAAGUAGUGUAGAAUGUAUCAGAUCAAACUUAUGAAACUUAUUAAAAGUCGUUAAGGUGGAUUGUAUGUAGUUAUUUGAUAAAAUAGUAGUUAAAAGCAUGAAUCACAAUGAUAGUCGCUGAAGUACUUGUAGAGUUGAAGUUAAACAGGUUAUUCUACUUGGUAGCAAAAGGUUUUAUUUAUAGCAUGACAUUUUUUUUCUUAGCUUACUUUGGUUUUGUGUGAAUUGUUAACAUCAAUAUUUGCUAAGCAGAAAAAUUGAUGUUACGAUGACAAAAAGAAGAAGAAAAUCCAGUGUCUUCUUUAACUAGUUUAUCAUCCACAGAAAUGGUUGUUACUGUGUCAGUGUAAAUUUGUGUUUAUCAGAGUACUCUUCAAAUUUACCCCUAGUUAAAAUGGUACAUCAGAUAAUUCGAGAUUAAUGAGGCAACAAUGCUCAAGUUUCUAGGAAUUAAAAUGGUAGCAGGGUUUAAAAAUUGUCCAAUAUAUGUAUAGUAUUGUGUAACAUAUCAGAAAAGUACGUUCUGUCGUUAUUUCAUUGAAUAAAGUUAGUGUGUGUUAAUAAAUGUAUGGUUUAUACACAAACACAUCUGCUAGUAACAUUUUUACCUUUGUGUCUGGUGGCAUUAACUUUCCAUCUCCUGGUGAGGUUUUCCAUUCCAAAUCUACCUUGAUGAUAUUGCAAGCACAUACCAUACUUUAUAGUUUACUAAUGAUGAUCAGAAUAAUGAUGAUCUGAAGAAAAAUGCCAGAGUUGAAGCUAUAUUUGUCAUUUAGUGAAGAUAUGCUUGUUAGAGUCUUACUGUAGUUAGUUUAAUCUAUUCUUUAGCUGUUUUUUAGUAUGUCUGUAAACCAUUGAUGGCAGUAUAGAGAAAAAGUUUGUUAUGAAAUCAUUAGAGCUAUUCACUAUAAACUGUAGUUAGUGGGCUAAGCCAUCUUUGUUAAUUCUCUCUUUUUUAGUAAUUUGAUCUUUAAGUGUCGUAAGUUGCUUCAGAUGAUUUUGUGUCAGGUAUGUAUACAUUUAGAUAAUUGGAAUGGUACCUUCUUUAAGUCUUGAGAUGACAAGAAAUGUUGACUUGGUGGGAUAAAUGAUUCACGAGUCUUUAGUGAGCAUUAAUGUAAUCGAAAGAAAAAAAAUUGUUCUUAAAGAGUGACUUUUAUUAUGAGGUAAAACAUUGAGAAUUUCUCUUCAGUAUUUUGGAAGUAAAUUAAUAAUCUGUUGAAUUUCAUAGAUUGAAUGAAAACUGGUUAAAUUUUUUUUAGUUUUGUGCAUGGUAAGUGCAUUGUAAUAGUGUUGAUUCAGUCAAAAGUCAAUUUUUGGAAGUGCUGAACAAUUUGCCUUCUACUGUUGCACAACAAACAAACAUUAUGCUGGUUUGAAAGUACUGAACUGAUCUCAAUGUGUGACCACACACACUGAACUGAUAAUAUGACUUUAAAGAGUUGUGAACAGUUCUCUGCGAGUUACACACUAAAAAAUAUGCUUGAGCUGUUCUCAUUCUUAUUGCACACUAAAGAGAGAUAAUAGGUUUGAGGGUAUUGAAUUGUUUUCUGUGUGUUGCACGUUAAAGAAAGAUAAUGAAUUUGAGGAUAUUAAAAUGUUUUCAGUGUGCUGUACAUUAAAGAGGGAUAAUGAGUUUGAGGAUAUUGAACUGUUUUCUGUGUGUUCACAUUAAAGAAAGAUAAUGAGUUUGAGGAUAUUGAACUGUUUUCUGUGUGUUCACAUUAAAGAAAGAUAAUGAGUUUGAGGAUAUUGAACUGUUUUCUGUGUGUUCACAUUAAAGAGGGAUAAUGAGUUUGAAGAUAUUGAACUGUUUUCUGUGUGUUGUUGCACAUUAAAGAAAGAUAAUGAGUUUGAAGAUAUUGAACUGUUUUCUGUGCAUUGCACACUAAAGAGAGAUAAUAGGUUUAAAAUUAUUGAUCUGUUAUCUGUGUGUUCUUGCACAUCAUAUUGAUAUUCUGGUCCGGAAAGUAUUUAACUGUUAUUAGUGUGCUACUGCACACUAAAACAGGUUUUAUAUGGUUGAGUGCUGAAAUAAUCUUGCAUACGCUAAGCAGACACACUGAUGCGGAGAGUAUUGAAUUGUUUUCAUUGUGUUAUUGCGUAGAAUAUAUCUGGAUUUGAGAGUAACAGAAUGUGCUUAUUACUCUUCUAAAACAUUUUACAUCAGACUAGUUUUGAAUGUAGAACUGCUAAAGUUAGAAAAGUGUCAUGAUUCAAAUUCAACAAGUGAUUGCAUGAACAGGUUUCCAAAUUUUUGUUGAGUUAGUCAGCUACGUCUACAAGUUCGCUUGAAAAGGAAUAUCGGGUGCCUAACAUUUCUCGUUUGUCUUCCACAAAAUAUUCUGUCUAGUCUGACCGGGGUGUGCGUGUGUGUGUUCUACUAGUUUGAACUCUGAAUUCCAAGACACUGGAACCUAUUCAUCUUGUAUCAUGAUUUUAUGUGCCCUCAUUACAUAAUGAAUGCAUUAAAAUUGGUUUCAUAUUUGUAGGUUGACCAGGUUUUGUUUUAUUCGGCAUCAGUUUGUUAUGAAUCAAUGCAAAAUCGCAAGUCAUUUACAUGGUUAAAUAUUGAGUUGUUGUAAAUGUUCUGUACUUUUAAAUAGGGUGAUAAUUUUUCUUUAUGUUAUCUGAUACAAACCUAGUGAAAAACAUUUACCUCAUUUCAGACUUAAUAUACAAUAUUAAAGUUGUUUUAUAACUUUCAAAUUGUUUAGUAAUCGUGAGUCCAUGAAAAGUGUGGACUGUAAAACUGACUUAAGUAACUGAAAUAGCACAUAAACUAAAAAAUAGUUUUGACAGUUUUCCAGCUCAUCAUUAUUAGGGGUACAGUAGUGUCCUGUUACACAACUUAAAAAAGCUAGGUCACAAGAUAGAUCUCACCAUAUUUCUAGCUCUGCAUUGGCAUACCCCUGAUGAGGAUAGCUGACAAGUUCUUGUAAUAGUGGGCCCUAGUUUGUGUGCUCCUUAAACUGUAUUUCAUACCAACUACUCUUGAAUUUUAAUUUGUGAAUCUGACUGCUAAUGUUAAGGUGGCGGUUUUACUUUUUAUUUCUGGAUGUAUACGACUAUAAUUUGUGAAUAGGACCUGUUAAUAUGUUGAUGAGAUCCUGUUUACAAAUAUUUGGAAGUUGGAUUAAUAUGCAGAGUAACGAAUGAAAUACACAAGGAAGUAGUGAAACAAGUUUAAUUGUAAUUCAUUGGUGUAAGUUCAAUAUUAUGUGCCUUAUUUUAUUGUUUCUUUUUUUUUAUUCAUUAAAUUUUAUUGCUUAAUAACGGUUAGAUGAAAAUGUGUAGUUGAAAUCUUACUUUACUGGCAUGGUGUAAUCCUCACCGAUUCUUGUUGUGAAGUUAACGGUUGAAAGUUUUAAUAGCUGUAGUGUAACACAAGCGUUACAGUUGUUUGGUUGUAGAGAAGUUAAUUUCUAGAAGUUGUUUCCAAUUACAUUCUAUUGUGAUUUUUUGUUAUUUGAGGGAGAUUAUAUUAAAGAUUUCAUAGUUGAAUAAAAGUAGAAACACAAGUAUGGCCAGCAUGGUCUGUACUUUGAAGUUUAAAACCGUUCUCACACGAAACUAACUUCAGGUGCUUGUAUACUCGUGUACCACUUAAAGGUAGUGCAAGCAGCACUGAUUAGUUAAUACAACCAAAGGUUGGUAGUAUCUUAAAAUAUCAGUGAAUGCCGUAAAGACAAGAACGACGAGGGUACUGAUAAGAUACUUAAUCAAACCACACAUGUAAUAUUACUUCUGUAUUCUAUAAUAUAUAUAUAAUGUUCCUUUACCACAGCAUGAAUCAAUCAUUGUAAAUAAUUAAUGGAUAGAACAAAAAGAUUAUCAGUAACAAAAGAACUGAUUAAUGUAAUAGCUACAGAGAAAUGAAAUGUCUCGUUAAUAAAAUUGAUACCACAGCUGUUUUAUAAAGGUAACUUUUUUUUUUUUGAUAAUGGAAUAGUUAUUUAAAAUUGGGGAUUAUAUAUAUAUUUAUUUUUUUCAACCAAAAACUUCAUUUAUUUUCAUAAAGAAACAGAAAGCCAUUUGUCCUAUUUAUAAUUAACUUAAAAAUCAUUAAUUACUAAACAAUUAAAAGAUGUGUAUGCUUUCUCAGGUUUAUCACGGAAGUUAAACAAUAGUUAACUUGGUAGGUAAGAAAAUAAACAUUUACUAAAAUUUCAUACAAACAGAAUAUUUUAUGAUACAAAUAUGAAAUAAUAAAAACCAGUACUUUUGUUUUUAGACUUUUCUGUUAGUGAAAACAGAGCAGAAUAUCAUACAGGUUUAAUUCAUUGUUAAAAAUGGUGUAUUUCUGUGUAAUAUUUUGUAGGGUUUAUCAGGCUUCAUUUCGCUGUUUAAAUAUAGGCAAUAAUAGUGAUGUAAGACUGUAGGGUAACGUUAAACCAGUUGUAUCAUUCAGAAACAUGCAAAAAACUUGGAGGGUUUUUUAUGACUGUAUUUGCUAAUUCUGGAGUACUUUUUAAAAAAUGUUUAGAAAUGUUUCCUUUUUUGUUAUGAUAAAGCUAGCUUAUAGUGCCAUUUUAAUGGUUAAUAUUUGUUUGUCAAAAAUGUGAUUGUAUUACUACAUUUUUAGUAAUAGAACUAUUCAGUCUAUUUGUAUUCAUACGUAUGUAUAAUGUUAAUUAGGUUUCAGGUAUUCAUGAAUCUUGUAUUGCUCCAGUACGUGUCUUUGUUUGAAAUUCUUUGAUAUAAAAUCAUGAACAAAAAGGUUACAAUUGCAUGAAUAUCUUUAGUGUGUGUUCGCGCAAAGGGUCCAUUUCUAGCUAUCAUGUGAUUUCUGAGUAAAUGAUGUUUCUACAUUAUUUUAAUUUAUUACACUCUGAGCUUUUAGUCUCCAAUUUAGAAAUGAACAUUUUCAGCACAUGACAGUAGGUUGAUUGUAAUGGAGACAUCAACUUUACACCAGUGAGAUGUUUCAUAUUUGUAUUUUUGUGAAAUCAAGUUGAUCUAAUAAACUUCUCAAACUUUCAUGUGCCAUUUCAAAUAUA